ACCCACACACAAACACACACACAAACGAACACAUACAAGGUCGCCGUGAGAGUGGGCAUGCAGUACAGACCAGGCUGUAGCCAAGACAACACACCCGAGCAGGAGGGAGACUUAUCACCUUACCAAAUACUGAAUGAAAAAUGGCGGGGGACAAGGAUGAUGGUAAAAAGAAACAGGGAGGAGGAAAAGAGAACCUGCUGGACGUCCGCCACAUGAUAGAGGCAGUGCUGAGCGUGGUGAAGUCACACGCCACCAAGACCAGUGUCGCCCCAUGUGACGGCCUGGUGCUGCGCAUGCAUUACCGCUGGACCUUCUGGGCCCUGCUGGCAGGCUUCCUGGCCAUCUGGCACUCCUGGUACCAAAAGCACACAAUCACUUGUGUGUCACACUUCAACGCAGAGGCGCAGGUGAAAGAAGAGUACGUGAACGUGUGUCUCUCGUACCCGUAUCUCGCGGAGGAGGGAGGGCGGCGGUACAUUCUCUUCUACCGGUGGGUCCAUUGGUCCUUCCUCCUGCUGACGGUCUUCUUCUACCUCCCGCGGAAGGUCUCCAAAAACUUCGAGAAUGUGAAGUGUAAGAAGGUGCUGGAGGACUUGCACAAAGGCGCCGAGACGUAUGACCAGAAAGAAGCCGAAAUCGUGGAAAAGGCACACCGUUACAUGUGCUACAAUAUCCGGACUCACAACGGCCUCUACUGGAAAUACCUCGUAGUGAACGCGUUGGCCCUAUUCAUUGACAUAAUAGCCAUGGUUUUCUUUGACUUCGUGCUACAGGGAAGAUUUAUUUGGUACGGGUAUAUGUCUUACCCGUUCACACGUGACCCUUGGAAGUUUACUGAUCACAUGUCCCAAACGUUCCCGCCGUUCGUGUGGUGCGAGCUUAGCCCUGACAAUCAGCUGGUGAGCCUUCGCACGGAAAAAUUUGGCUGCCACCUCACCGUCAUGGAGCUGUACGAGAAGAUCUUCUUGGGCCUGUGGCUGUGGUUGAUCCUCCUUAUAUUCAUCACUUCCUGCUAUAUCAUCUUCCUGUUAUCCCUGUUGCUGCCAAACGUACGUCUCCUGCUGCUGCGUUUUUCAAAGCCUAGACAUAUUUCCACUAAGAUCACCGCGCUCAUCCAGGACGUGUUGAAGGUCAGUAAGAUCGGCGACGUGUUCAUGCUGUACCGCCUCAGACAGCAUAUGAGCCACGCCAGAUUCUACGAGGUGAUGGUGAAGCUGACGGAACCCAAUGUGUACAUGGAAGCAGGACGGCAAGGACAAGGCCAGGACACGAGCCCCUCGUCUCCCGACAUACACAAACAGAAGCCUUUUAACAAGAAAGAAAACCCAAAGUCACAAAAAGGAGAUUCCAAAGAAAACAACCCUGAAAAGAAGAUACUCAUUGAGGAGUGUUAAAGCGUUAAGACGGGACCAUACUCUUCACAUCUUUUGGUGCUUCACUGAUGGCGACGUAGACAUGAACCUCAUCAUCACAAUUAGAAGUGUCUGGUGAGGGAGCGUCGCCCCCUG